AUGCUGAACCUAUCUCGCUUCACCCCAAGACCUACGGGUCCAACAGCACCUCCUUCAAAGGAUGCGACUCCAGCAGCACCUUCAAACGGUGCCAGUCCCACAGCACCUCCUUCGAACGUCGUGAGUCCAACAGCACCUCCUUCGAACGUCGUGAGUCCAACAGCACCUCCUUCAAACGAUGCCAGCCCCACAACACCUCCUUCGAACGACGCGAGACAAAGCAAAGAAAAGGUCGACCCAAAAACGCAAGCUAUCCGCGACGAAGCAGCCACACAGCUCGGGAAACAACUCGGUAUCUUUACCGCUUAUUGUCGUCGACUGGACCAUUUGCUUGAACAUACAUCUGCGCCCUCGGAUGUAGCUGACAAUGCCGCAUUUAAGAAGCUCCGAAAUAAUUGGGCACAAGAGAUGGAAGCAGCUGGUAGGGCAUGUAAUGCCGUUCAAAAAAAUUGGUCUGGUUGGAACGGGCACUGGGGAAACACUUUGUGGCUAUGCAUUGGAAAAUGGUCCCGCCGCAUGGUGCCACCCACGGACGGGUUCAACCUAGAAGACAUUUGUAAGGACUGUGGAGACAUCAACGAUCAGAGUCCACCUCGCGACUACGUUGAUGUGAAGGCGUUCCGAUCCGAGCUGCGGCGCAGGCUUUCGAACGCGUACCCGGAUCUGUACGCCAAAGAUGGAGAGUCGAAGUCUCCCAAAAAUGAGCACGAGCGGCUGAAGUCCGACAUCACGUUCUUGCUUGCGAUAGCAGGAUUUGUGGAGGUCGAGGAGGAUUUAGAGGAGGAUACUAAGCGCAAAUUUUUGCGGAGUGCGCGACCGUGGCUUGCUGCUCCAGUCGCUCAACUUAUCCAUCGAGUCAUUGGGGGAGGCGAAGCUCAGAUUCAGGGAGUGCAGCCGGCACAAGCUGCUCAAAUACGACUGACGAUGUCGGUCACCAACACAAAGGCACUUAUGAAGCAAGGCACUGAUUCGUCCGUCAGACGGACCCUCGCUUUCUUUCUUUUGGUGAGGAAACUCUACGAAAAGCAUGUGAGAACUUUAGAAUCACCCAUGCAAGAUGCAGUCGAUCAGAUAGACGACGAGAUAGCGGACCUUAUCCGAGGCGGCAAUAAGCAGUGGCGUGUGCUGCUGCGUCGGCGCCAAGAGAUCGUCUUGUGUCUCCGUGAAUGGCCUACAAAAAGCAUACCCCCGAUGCCUUGCGCUGGCGAUCGAAACGCCGAGAUGGAUGUCAACACGAGGGUCUCAGCGAGUUGGUACGCUCAUCGCAAUCUUCGACAUAUCCUAUCGCCGAUGCAGCUCAACAGUGUUGAACCCAAAGGGCUGCUCCUUUACUAUCUACACGGCGCCUCCGGCGUGGGAAAGACGCAAUUCUGCAUCGACCUUGCUAACACUUUCGGGCUUCCGGGCUGUAGCCCUGACCUGAACGAGACAGACCUUCCCAGCUUCUUCAAGCAACCUUCCCAAGAUCUGGAAAGCUGGUCGGAUCCUCGAGUCAGUGCAGAACAACUCAUCGGCACAAUACCUUGGCUGAUUGUGCAACAUUGUUGUGCCAAUCCUGUGCUCAUAUUUGAGCAGCCCCGAGUCCUAUCAGGGGCCGCCUGGUCAAAGCACUUCGAUGCCUUGGUUGCCUUCCUAGAGCCCGCCCAGCAGAUUCAACAAAUAAGCAUUGCUGGGUCUGCAGUGAAUUUUGACAUCUCAGCCGUUACCGUCUUCUUCACAAGCACCGAAAGUCUCCAAAAUGAAAGGCUCAAAAGCCGGCUAACACUUGUACAUUUUCCUCCUUUGUCGCCGGAAGCCAAGGCGAAGGCACUCCAUCGAUUUUUGGAAGAAGAAAAGAAAAGGGUCACAAAGAAGCUCGACGAGACUUUACUGAACGGGGUGCAUGCACGAUUAAGAGGACUUGUCGAAAGUCUGUCCACCCGAGAGCUAUGUAAGGAGGCAGGCCUUCGGAGGCUGCUUUGGGUCUUUCGUCACCCGUUGUGGGGCCACGCCUUGAAGGCAGAGCAGCAACGGGCCGGCAAGCACGAUCGCGACAAAAUCGACGAGAUAGAGAAAGAGUUCCGCGAUGCGGUCGUGGACACGAUGACCACAGAAUUCAAUGAAUCGGGCGAGGAUGAGAUGAAACAGUACUCGGUCAGAGUACAUAAAGCCAUUGCAAAGGGCAUUGUCCAAAGCACAUUGGACCAGAAGCGCUCUGCUAAUGUAGCCGCUGCAUUGCGCGCAAGAAGAGGUACCCAGCGGCUGCCAAAACUUGCAUGGUUCAACGAGCAACGCCAUCAGAAGCUGAACAAGCCUGUGGAAGAAGACGUCAUCAUGAGAGCUGUGAUUCAUUCGUCUACUAUCAUCUCGCUAGUCCAUUCACUACACUCCCGUCACAAAGAUUCUUCUGCCUAG